CGCGCCGUGAUAAAAAGAGGAAAAGUUGUCCCCAAAUUAUCUGCGUGUUCCGAGUCGUCGUCGGCAGGAUGAUCCACCUAACGGGGCAGAAUUACUCCUCCAAGGAGAUCAUACAGAACAUCUUUUCGCCGAUGGUCGGUGCAAUCGUGUCGCCGCAGGCCGAGGAACUGUGCCAGAAGAACAAUCUCGGUUUCGUGGACUUGCUGCAACCCUUUCUGCGGCUUUCAUCGGAUGCGCACUUUCGCGAUGUGGCCGGUACGAGCGUGUCGAUCAAGGGGCUGCGGAUCAACGUGGUGGACGUGAACUGGCGCCCUCCGCAGGCAAUACUGGCCAAGAAGAUGCUCAGUGAAGCGGUCACGUCGGCCAGCGGGGCUGGGGGUGAGAAGACGAAAGCAAUCAAACUGGACGACGCUACGUUCGUUGAUAUUCCGGUCGCCGAGCCGUGGUUCGAGCAGUGGCGUGAAACCUUCCUAACCGUACAGUUCCCGGCGGAUCAUGAGUUCACGCGCCAUCUGCUCUGCUCGUUGAUUGUCGUUUCGAGCAUUGAUCCGAAUCCGCUCGAGACGGCCAACCAGCUAACGAAAAAGAUUCAGAUGAUGCAGAGCAUUACGCCACCCCGUCUACCGAAGUGGUUCUCGAACGAUGCCCUGAACUGCUACGUGAUGCUACACGAUGGAUGCUCGGGUGAUAUCGGAAAGGCACAGCAGGCUUUCGAGGGACUGAAAUCGUGCUACGGUGAACACAAGUGCUUCCUGCUGAAGAUUAACUCGCACAGUGGACCACCGGCCGCCGAUAGUUCCGAUCCGUGGAUACGCUUUCUGAAGAAACACCAGCGAUCGGAGAUGGGGGGAAGUGCGAGCGAUGCCGACAGUGCACCGAAGACGCCGCAGGAUAUGGGUGCGGUCACGGGAAUGCCAUCGACGGUGGUACAAUCCUCCAAUUUGCUCAUCCACGGCGGUGGUAGUGCUGGUGGAGGGGGUAGUAGCGGAGGCAGCACUUCGGACACCCCUCCAUCAGGCAUUGUGGUCGGUGAGGUGAUCGCUCAUCCGCUCAGUCCCAUGCAGGAAACGGGCAUUGAGAUACAGGAAACAUCUAGCCUUACGUCCAGCAUCGACAGUCUGUCGCUACAGACGAUCAAUCCGAACGUGUGGCCAGCCGAGAGCGACAUUGAGGUCACGCGCGGUGCUUUCCUAACGACGGAAGAUCUAGAUACGUUGAAGCACUUUGUUCAGGACUUUGCCGUUCGCGCGCUGAUACCGUACGUGGAGCGUUUGGUUGGUGUGCUGAAUGAUUCGAUCUCGAACAAAAAGGGUGUUAGCCGGUCACUGCUGAGUGCCACCAAGCGAUGGUUCGUGACGAACAAACCGGGCGUAAAUACCAACCAGAAUGCCGUCGUCUACACGAACGAGUCGACCGAGCUGCAGACACGCAAGCUGGGCGAUCUGUACUUCAUGUUUUGUCACUAUUCGCUCGCUUUCCAGGCGUACCAUCAGGCGAAGCGUGAUUUUAAUGCCGAUUCCGCGUGGCAGUACUAUGCCGGUGCGCUCGAGAUGGCCGCGCUGGCCGCGUACAUGCAGGGUACGGCUAAUCGGAAAACCUACGACUACAUGGAAGAAGCCAUUCAGACCUAUCUGAACAGCUGCAAGCUGCCCCAGUUUGCGACACGCGCCACACUGCUCUCGAUGGAGUGUCUGAAGGGGGCCCGGUUGUACAGUGAGGCCGCGAAGCAACUGAUCCGGAUGACGAGUGAAGAUUCGGACCUACGAUCGGCGCUACUGCUCGAGCAGGCUUCGUACUGCUUUCUGCUUGCAACACCACCUCAGUACCACAAGUACGCGCUGCACUGUGUACUGGCGGGCCACCGGUUUGCCAAGGUUGGCCAACGGAAGCACUCGUUCCGUACGUACAAGCAAGCGUACCAGGUGUUCGAGAAGCGAGGCUGGAGUUUGGCUGAAGAUCACAUCCAGUACACGAUCGGGCGGCAGGCUUCAAACUUGAAGAAACUGGACGAAGCGAGUAACUGUUUGGCGCAUCUGCUGCGUCCAUCCAGCAUGCAAACUGCCGCCCAGCAGACACUCUUCCUACGGGAGUAUCUGAGCACGAAAAGGGCACUGCAAGGGCGGGGUGAUGGCACAGGAGUAGCCGACAUUCCCUCCAUUACGCUACCGAGAAUAGUGCAGCAGCUGACGAAGGUGCUGGUCACUUCGCCACCGCCGGUGUCCAAUCCAUUGCAUGUGGCAGCCACCAAUCUCAGCAUUAUGUCACCGCUAACGGAGGAAAACAUCUGGAACAAGAUGGAGGAAAUGCUCGUGCAGAGUGCAUCCGAACGACCGGUCAUGGUAUUCCGUCCUUCGCGUUCUCUCUUUUCCACUGAAUCACCGGCGAUGGAAAAUCCGCGCUCGGUGCACGGUGAACCGAUCGAGGUUGCGUUCAGUUUGGAGAACAUGAUCAAACCACCGAUCCUGUUCGAAAACGUCAACCUUUUGUGGGAGUUCCGUAG